GCUCAAUUAGGCUAUAGCUACACUUCUCUUCCCAAAACCAAAGUCUUGUUCUUUUCACUUCACCACUUUUUCUUCCAAAUGGGUCAUCUCCAUUUCCUUCAUUUUCUCCUCUAAUACCAUAAAUAUUUCAUCUUUCUUCUUUUUCUUUUACUGGGUUGGUGUUCUUUUUCAUCCAUAGAAGAAAAAUAACAUGUUUUCUAGGUUGAUACGUCCUCAUGACCAUGAAGGAAGUGUUGUUGUUGUUCAGGAAGAUUCAAAUCAUCAUCUUCACACUCACCUUGCUGCUUCUGACCCUUGUCUUGUUCUCACUUCUGAUCCAAAACCUCGUCUUCGUUGGACUACUGACCUUCACCAACGCUUUGUUGAUGCUGUCACUCAACUUGGUGGUCCUACCAAAGCCACACCAAAAGCGAUCAUGAGGACCAUGAAUGUCAAGGGUUUGACACUCUAUCAUUUAAAGAGUCAUCUUCAGAAGUAUAGACUCGGUAAGCAAGCUGGAAAAGAUUUUGACGAGGGAUGCAAAGAUGGGUCAUAUCUUCUAGAAAGCCCUGGUACUGAAAACUCAUCCCCAAAGUUACCAGCUUCUGAUGCAAACGAGGGCCAUGAAGUCAAGGAGGCAUUAAGAGCACAAAUGGAAGUGCAAAGUAAGCUACAUUUACUAGUGGAGGCAGAGAAGCACUUGCAAAUUCGCCAAGAUGCAGAACGGAGAUAUAUGGCCAUGCUUGAGAGAGCAUGUAAGAUGUUGGCUGAUCAAUUUAUCGGUGAUACAACUAUAGACACAGACAUCCAAAAAUUUCAAGAACUACCAAGUACUGAGCUAGGUGGAAAUGGAAUGCAUAUUUCAGAAGUACCAUAUAUUCUCCAGCCUCAAGGGGCUAACUGCUCCACAGAAAGUUGCCUAACAUCACUUGAGAGUCUCAGAGGAUUGACACUAGAAGGAUCACCUAGUGGGACAAAAAGGAUGUUGGGCUUGGACUCCAUGGUAUCGCCUUUGAUCUGGAGUGAAACUAACAUGAGAACUCAAGGCAUUCACUUAGCCCAAGUCAAUCCUCAAGGAAUAGCAAGGUAUGGAAUGUAGGUAGGACAUUGUAAAGAGGGAACAUUCUGUUUCACUCCUAGUUUGUAGGAUUAAUUAAAUGCUUAAAUCUUGUCUAUUCCUGUCUUUUAUCUAAGCUGAUGGGAAUGUAACUGGAAUCAACUUGUCUAAUUUUGUACAUUGAAAAUGCUUAGUAGCUUAAUUUGGAACAUUGCAACGUUUACAAUCA